AGAUGGCAGUAAUGCACAUCAGUAAGUUGCUUGGCAACCGCCAUAAAAAAGAAGAAGAAGAAGUAGGCGCGCUCAAGUCUGAAUUUGAAUCAAGAAAAACAGCGAAGGCUAGCCACCAUGCUUCAGGCCCACAAGUUUCAGGACCUGGAGGACACUGGGAAGGCACUGGUGGAAUUCAUCCAGAGCAGUCAGCCCGACAGGCUGAAAAAAGUCAAAGUCGAACAACAGGCCCUUUUUGAGAAACACUUGGAGACGAAGAAGAUGGUGACAGAGAUUCUAAAAGACAUGGCCCAGAUUGAGGAGAGCGUGGGCCAGAGGCUGCUGGACAUGGAGCAGGAGAAGAAGCACAGGCAGAGCGAGCUGGAGAACCUGGAGGAGCAGCUGCAGCAGUGCACCGCCAAAAGCCAGAUCAUGGACUCAGAAAUCCAGUUCCUGCAGAAGGAGCUGGAGAGUCUGAGGAACAACGAGAGGGAGCUGGAGACUCUUCAGCACGAGGUGGAUGAAGACACCACCGAGGUCAUCCCGACGGCAGUAUACGUGGCUCAGGUCUACUACAUAAUCACCAAUAUCAAGUGGGAAUAUAACACAGAGCCCAACAUUUUGAGAGGAGUGCACUAUGGUCCAGAUCUGGCCACUCCCAUCAGCAUUGACACAUCUGCACGCUCGCGCUGCGAAAUGAGCGACCAGCUGUGGGGCUUUGUCAGCACCGAGUGGUAGAUGAACAACAUGCGUUGUAGUUUGUUGGUUUCUUUUUAUGUGUUGAUCUGCUUUUUUUUUUUUUUUUU